AUGGCGGAUCUCUCGCUUUCCCGACGUCCAGUGCGGCUCGCCGCCACCUCCUGGCCCGCGUGGCCCCGCGGAGCAGCAAUUUCAACUCCUAGAAGACAUCAGAAAAUUCAUACAGAAGAGAAACCAUACAAAUGUGAAGAAUGUGACAAAUUGUUUACAAUAAACUCAAAACUUAGGACACAUCAAAGAAUUCAUACUGGAGAGAAGCCCUACAAAUGUGAAGAAUGUGGAAAGCCCUUUAGCCAAAUAUCACAUCUUAGAACACACCAAAGAAUUCAUACUGGUGAGAAACCCUUCAAAUGUGAAGAGUGUGACAAGUCCUUUAUGUGUACAUCAUAUCUUAGAGCACAUGAAAGAAUUCAUACUGGAGAGAAGCCCUACAAAUGUGAAGAAUGUGACAAAUCAUUUACUAUGAGCUCAAAACUUAGGAGACAUCAGAGAAUUCAUACAGGAGAAAAGCCCUGCAAAUGUGAAGAAUGUGACAAAUUGUUUACAAUAAACUCAAAACUUAGGACACAUCAAAGAAUUCAUACUGGAGAAAAGCCCUACAAAUUUGAAGAAUGUGACAAAUCAUUUACAAUAAGCUCAAAACUUAGGACACAUCAAAUAAUUCAUUCAGGGGUGAAACCCUUCAAAUGUGAGGAAUGUGAAAAGUCCUUUAGUCGGAUAGCAAAUCUUCAAAGACACCAAAGAAUUCAUACUGGCGAGAAACCCUACAAAUGUACAGAAUGUGAGAAGUCCUUUCGUCAUCUGUCAUAUCUUACAGUACAUCAAAGAAUCCAUACUGGAGAAAAACCCUACAAAUGUAAAGAAUGUGACAAAUCGUUUACUGUAAGCUCAAAACUUAGGAGACAUCAAAGAAUACAUACUGGAGAAAAGCCCUACAAAUGUGAAGAAUGUGACAAAUCGUUUACUAUGAGCUCAAAACUUAGGAGACAUCAAAGAAUUCAUUCAAGGGUAAAACCCUUCAAAUGUGAAGAAUGUGACAAGUCCUUUAGCUGGAUAUCACAUAUUCAGAGACACCAACGAAUUCAUACUGGCGAGAAACCCUACAAAUGUACAGAAUGUGAGAAGUCCUUUCGUCAACUAUCACAUCUUAGAGGACAUCAAAGAAUCCAUACUGGAGAAAAACCCUACAAAUGUGGAAAAUGUCACAACUCCUUUACAUAUAUAUCAUCUCUUAGAGCACAGGAAAGAAUUCAUACUGGAGAGAAGCCCCACAAAUGUGAAGAAUACGAAAAGUUCUUUAAUCAAAUGUGUAAUCCUAGAGUCCAUCAAAGAAACUACAUCAGAGAAAACCCCUAACAAUGUGAAGAAUGCAUCAAGCCCCUUAAUCAUAUUUCACCUCUUAGAGAACAGCAGAGAAUUAAUAGUGAAUAAAAACACUACAAAUGUAAGUAAUGUGGCCAGUUCCUUUAUAUGUCAAAUAUUAGAACUCACAGAGAAGUCAUACUGGAGAGCAGGCUACAGAAGUACAGAAUGUAGGAAAUCCUUCACCCUGUGCUAAAUACUUAGAAAUCAUUACAGAAUUCAUGAUAGAAACUUUUAACGGUAUAGGUACAAUGAUAAAAAUUUUAGUAAGUAAAUCCUAGAAAACAUAGAAUUUAUACUGAUGCCAAAGCUUAGAACUAAAAUUAGUGAAGCAAAAUCUUCAACAAAAGCUAUUUCUUUUUCAACGUGACAUGACUCAUGUGGGAGAAACUAGAUAUAUAGACUGAAAAAGACUUUAUUUGAACUUAAUCAUCUUGAACAUCACAGAAUCCAUAGUGAAGAAACUCUAUAGCUCAAAAGAAUACGAAGAAUCAUUUACAUAGAACUCUAAUCUUAGAACACAUAAGAAAAUUCAUAGUGAACAGAAACCUCUCAAAAUUCUUAAAUCUCAUAAGUUAUUCACUGUCAAAGAUUUCACUGUGGGGGCUGGAGAGAUGGCUAGUGGUUAAGAGCACUGACUGCUCUUGCAGAGACCUGGGUUCAAUUCCCAGCACCCACAUGGCAGCUAUGAACUGUCCUUAACCAGUUCCAAGGGAAUCUGAAGCCCACUUCUGACCUGCAGCUUAAAAGAAUUUCACUCUGUGAAGUAUAAAUAUCAAGACUGUGACAUAAAUUUAGUUACAGGACUCAAAUAUGGAUAUGUGAUCACUUUCAUAAACACACAAUUUAGAAAUUCCUAAAGUGUAUUAAGGAAAAUGUCUAUAAAAUAAAAUGGUAACAUUAUAUAUCCAAACACCAAAUUUUUCAUAACAUAAAAGUCCACAGCACAAUAUAAUUAAGACAAUAUAGCAAGAUAAGAGUAUUAUGGGAAACAAAAUGAAAGUAAUAGCAUCAAUUGCUAGUAUAUUUUAAUAGAAUAAGAUGUGAUAUUUUUGUAGAUUUAACUGUGUUCUUUUUUAUAGACUUUUAUUCCCAGAAUUGGAACUUAUUAAAGGGAAAACUUUGUAGGUUUAUUUGAUCCUCAACCAAAUUUUCUUCUUUACUCAGGAUUAUAUGAUAAUUUAUUGUAAUUGUUGACUCAGACCUGAAUGAAUAAAUUGCAAAUUAGAAAUAAUUCAUUAAUGCAAUUGCUCCAUGAGUAAUUGCUAUAUUAUAUUCCGCCCCAAAAUCUAAAUGGAGAUUAUUUUCUUUUUAGUAAUGAGGAUGCCUUCUACAGUGCCUUAGGUGUUCUGGACAUUUUUCUAUUAUACUAAAAGAAAAAGUCAAUCUUGAGUAUUGGAGAUGCAUCAUUACCUGUGUUUCAGUGUGGAAAACAAAUAGUCUAGCACAUUCAUUUAGUGAUGAAUUAAACAAUAGGAAGAAUUGUUAGAUGUUUUCAGUAUUACUUGAUGUAGGAAAAGUAUAGAGAAAGCUGUUAAUAAAAAAUUUUGUGAUUUUAACCAUGUUCUGUCCUAUUGGCAUUUUAGCCUACCUCUUUGAAAGUGUCAGAUUAUGAACUCUAGUAUUUAUGUGUUGAGCAUAAUGUUGCUUUAUCCUGCCUUUUAUUUGUGUUGUAACUGACCCACAUGUAUGAUAUUUCAAAAUCUCAUAUAUGAUAUUUCAAAAUCUUUUAAGCUAGGCCAGGUGUGGUGAUGCAUGCCUUUAAUCCCAGCACUUGGGAGGCAGAGGCAGGCGGAUCUCUAAGUUCAAGGCCAGCCUGGUCUACAUAGUGAGUUUGAGGACAGCUGGGGCUACAGGGAGACCCUAUCUCAAAAAGACCAAAAAAAAAAAUCUUUUAAGCUGUAUAUGUUUAUUUUUGUUAAAUAAAACUCAUAUUCAAUGCUUUAACCUAAAGAUUCUAUUAAAAAUGUU